UAUUGUAGCUUGUUCCUAAACCCUCUCCUGACAAAAAAAAUCCUGAACCCUCGCCAGAUUCUGCAACUAUAAGCAGUUUCCGACACUGAUGUUGUUCGGAAGCAAAAGAUUUAGUUUUUAAUGCUUCGAAGAAUACCCUCUUUCUCUCGUUUUCGUCGUCUUCAUCACAUGAUGGGUACUUUCUCUCGUUCCCUUUCCAUCCGCUCUCCUUCGUUUUCUCUGUUUUUUUCAAAGCACUGUCAUUGCUCCACAAACACUUAUGACACCGAUAGCCAUAGCAACGGAACCCAGUUCUUGAUUUCCAUGAGAAACCUAUGCAAGUCAGGUAAAGUGAAGAACAUUGAUGAAGCUUUGGACUUGUUCCAAGGCAUGGCUAGCAUGAAGCCUUUGCCUUCUGUGAAGGACUUUACUUUGUUGUUGGGUGUUAUUGUGAGGUUGAAGCACUACACCACUGCCAUAUCUUUAGUUAAGCACAUCUUUUCUUCUCUAGGCAUAGAAGCUGAUACCAUUACUCUUAAUAUUGUGAUCAAUUGUCUCUGCCGUUUGAAGUUGGUUGCUUUUGGGUUCUCUGUGUUGGGGACUAUGUUCAAACUUGGUUUGGAGCCCACUGUGAUGACUCUCACCGCUCUCAUUAACGGGCUUUGCGUGCAGGGCAAUGUGGCUCAGGCAGUCGGGCUGGUUGAUCAUAUGGAGAAAAUGAGGUAUCCAUUGGAUGUUUACACGUACGGGGUGUUGAUUAAUGGGUUGUGUAAGACGGGAGACACUUUGGCGGCGGUUGAGUGGCUAAGAAAGAUGGAGGAAAGGAAUUGGAAACCUAAUGUGGUAGUUUACAGCACAAUUAUGGAUGGUUUGUGCAAGGAUGGAUUGGUAUCUGAAGCGUUGAAUUUGUGCUCGGAAAUGAGUGGCAAAGGUGUUCGACCUAAUCUUGUCACUUACGCUUGCUUGAUUCAAGGUCUUUGCAAUUUUGGAAGGUGGAAAGAGACUGGUUCUCUGCUGGAUGAGAUGAUAAAAAUGGGAAUGAGGCUGGAUUUGCAGACUCUCAAUAUUUUAGUGGAUGCUUUCUGCAAAGAAGGAAAAGUGAUGCAGGCUAAAAGUGUGAUUGGGUUUAUGAUUCUGACGGGGGAAGGGCCGGAUGUCUUCACCUAUAAUUCGUUGAUUCAUAUAUAUUGUUUGCAAAAUAAAAUGAAUGAGGCCAUGAGAGUGUUUCAUUUAAUGGUUAGCAGGGGCUGUUUACCAGACAUUGUGGUUUUUACUUCACUUAUCCACGGAUGGUGUAAGGACAAAAACAUUAAUAAGGUUAUGCAUCUGUUGGAGGAAAUGGCUAAGAUGGGAUUUGUUCCUGAUGUUGUCACUUGGACCACUCUUAUAGGUGGGUUUUGUCAAGCAGGUAGACCAUUAGCUGCAAAAGAACUGUUUCUCAAUAUGCACAAAUAUGGUCAAGUUCCCAAUCUCCAGACUUGUGCUGUUAUAUUGGAUGGCCUAUGUAAAGGAAAUCUUCUUUCUGAGGCAGUGUCGUUGGCUGAGGCAAUGGAGAAGAGUAAUUUGGAUCUUAAUAUUGUAAUUUAUAGUAUUUUGCUUGACGGAAUGUGCAGUGCUGGAAAACUGAAUGCUGCAUGGGAACUCUUUUCUAGUUUGCCUGGUAAAGGUUUGCAAAUUAACGUUUAUACUUAUACCAUUAUGAUUAAGGGUCUCUGUAAACAAGGCUCGUUGGAUAAAGCUGAAGACUUACUGAUAAAUAUGGAAGAGAAUGGCUGCCUGCCAGAUAACUGCACUUACAAUGUCUUUGUCCAAGGCUUGCUAACAAAAAAGGAGAUUGCAAGAUCAAUAAAAUACCUUACAAUAAUGAGAGACAAAGGGUUUUCAGUAGAUGCUGCUACCACAGAAAUUACUAUCAACUACUUAUCUACUAAUGAAGGAGACACCAGAAUUCGAGAAUUUUUUUUUCCAAAAAGAUAGCAAAUGCCAAGAGUUUCACUUAGACAUUUAUUCAAAUCCUGACUCUCAAUUCAUCCAUGUUCCACAAUCCUAUAGGACCCCAUAGAGAGAACUGGCAUAGGCUUCAGAACUUACCAUUUGUUAAAUAUAUAAAAUCAUUACCAUUCAAGUGCUUCCACCUGACAAUUUAUGUGAUUAGGAGAGUUGGUCCUUAACAUGGUAUCACAACCUUUAAGAAAUUAUGAGAUUGAUCCUUGUUGCUUCUCUUCUUCAUAAUUAACUUAUAUUUGAGCCCAAGGUAAAGUGGGUUUGUGCAUUGUCCACACUUCAAGCUCAAAAAGCUCUGUUUUAAGGGGGUCUUAGAUAUAAAUCUUUCUUAGCUCCACCAAUCAGCUUAAGCUGUGAAUAGAAUUGUUCCUUGACAUUUUUAGUGAUUGAAAUCACUUUAUGCACUCAUUUUGUUAUAACUUAUGUGCGAGGAAGACCGCAAAUAGUUCAGCGAUGGAUCAUAGAAGACUAGGUUAUCAUUAAACGGGUAAGACACAGACUCUCAGCUGAAUGUUUUAUGGGAGCGACUAGAUGGCUUCCACAUCAAGCAAUGAUGUUCAUUAGAUCGGUUACUGGGUUUUGAGAUGUAAAUGCUGAUUCUGUCGAAUGGUAUGGUUUAGUGAUAGAGUGAAGUUGUGAUUUUGUCUUCUUGAAAGUUCUGUCAUCUAGUUCUUUUGUCCAUAAUUUAAAAUAUUCAAUAUGUUGGGCACUUGUCAUAUUAAGUGAGGGUAAUUUGUAAAUUUUAUUGGGUUGCAGCCUAAUGCUUAAUGCUUCAUAUUCUUGCUUUAAUGUAAAGCUAAAAAUGGUUUGCAUGUGCCAAGGAGCAGUAUCCUUGACCAUGACACUGGUUUAGCAUUUAAAUGGACUGCCUUAUAUAUUGAUUCUUAGUGAACA